AUUUGUGGAUUGAACACAUACAUGUGUACACACCACAGCUUCUAUACAUUGGCAUUCAUGCAUGUUGAGUGGACCUAACUUAUGUGAAUCUUUACAUUUAGUUUUAGUUUUACGGAGCACAUUUUAUCGCGCAGUCGCACGCGUUCUCUGGUAUCGUGUGUGUAGAAUAGCGGCAAAGGUGUAUGCGAUCAGCUGGUAGCAAAAAGGCAAGAUGUUCAUCAUUCAGAGGUCCAUACUAUCAUCCAAAAAUGGAGCGUGGGGACGUGCACUGCUGCCAUCACAAUUGAUGACUAAGGAUAGUCAGUGCAGAAGUAUAUAUGAAGUUCCUGGAGAUGAUAUACCACGUAAUAUGGUUAAAGGUAUUGGUCAUCUGCGAGAUCCACGACUUAAUAAGGGAUUGGCAUUUACUUUAGAAGAAAGAAUCGCAUUAGGAAUUCAUGGCCUGCAACCACCGCGCUUCAAAACUCAAGAGGAACAAUUGGCUUUGUGUAAAGCAUCAGUGAUGAAGUACACUGAGGACUUGAACCGCUAUCUCUAUCUUGUGGAGCUCCAGGAGAGGAACGAACGUUUGUUCUUCCGGCUCCUGAGUGAGAACAUCGAGCAGAUGAUGCCAAUUGUCUACACCCCAACCGUUGGACUAGCUUGUCAGAAAUUCGGAGUCAUUUACCGCAGACCCAGAGGAUUGUUCAUUACCAUCUUCGACAAAGGACAUAUUUAUGAAAUUUUAAAUAAUUGGCCAGAACAAUCAGUGCGUGCAAUUUGUGUUACCGAUGGAGAACGGAUUCUAGGUCUUGGUGAUCUCGGAGCAUGUGGAAUGGGAAUUCCAGUUGGUAAAUUAGCUCUUUAUACAGCUUUAGCAGGCAUUAAACCUCAUCAGUGUCUUCCAAUUACCAUUGACGUGGGUACAAAUAAUAAACAAUUGCGAGAUGAUCCACAUUACAUAGGUUUAAAUAAACCUAGAACUCAGGGACCUGAAUAUGAUGAACUUAUUGAUGAAUUUAUGGCCGCUUGUGUACAGAAAUAUGGUCAGAAUGUGUUAAUUCAGUUCGAAGACUUUGGAAAUCAUAAUGCUUUUCGAUUUCUCGAUAAAUAUAGAGAUAAAUACUGUACUUUCAAUGAUGAUAUUCAAGGAACUGCGGCUGUAGCAGUUGCGGGAAUUUUAGCAUCAAAAAGAAUUACCAAGCGGAAGAUGUCUGAUAAUAAAUUCGUAUUUUUGGGUGCUGGAGAGGCAGCAAUAGGUAUUGCUGAUUUGUGUGUCAAAGCCAUGGAGGUUGAUGGUUGUACGCAACAAGAGGCAAGAGAUAAAGUUUGGAUGAUGGACAUUGAUGGUCUAUUAACUAAAAAUAGAACAGUUGGUAAUUUGGAUGGCCAUAAAAAAUGGUAUGCCAAAGAUCAUCGGGAGCUUAAGUCACUGAUCGAAAUUGUAAAAGAAGUUAAGCCGACAGUUUUAAUAGGUGCAUCAGCUGCAGCCGGAGCUUUUACACCGGAAGUUCUUCAGGAAAUGGCAAAAAAUAAUGAACGACCACUCAUUUUCGCUCUUAGUAAUCCUACCAGUAAAGCUGAAUGUACUGCACAGCAAGCUUAUGAUUAUACUGAGGGCAGGUGUAUAUUUUCAUCAGGAUCACCUUUCGGCGAAAUAGUCCACAACGGAAAAACCUUUAAACCUGGACAAGGAAAUAAUGCAUACAUAUUUCCAGGCAUUGCUCUAGGAGUAAUUGCUACAGGAGUUCAUCAUAUAACUGAAGAAUUGUUUUUAAUCUCAGCCCAAACAGUUGCUGAUCAUGUUUCUGAUCAAGAUCUUGAACGUGGUAGUGUUUAUCCACCACUUGGUUCUAUCAGGGAAUGUUCAAUUGAUAUUGCAGUUAAAAUAGCCGAAUACGCAUACGGACAAUGCGGAUUGGCUAGUGAAUAUCCGGAGCCAAAAGAUAAAAGAGCAUUUGUCAUGAGUAAAAUGUAUAAUGCUAAAUAUGAUAGUCCAAUGCCUAAUCUCUAUGAUUGGCCCGGAGAAUAUGCUAAACCUAGAAUUUCACCAGAAAUAACCGGUUUUGAAAUACGUCAUGAUUUAAAACAUCUGUAGUUUUCAUUAACAAAAACAAAAUAAAUUCAUUCUGUGUACAUAUUUUUCAACAAUAUGAGAUUAAAUCGAUUUAAUAAGCCUAUAAAACUGUUGCCAAGUAUAAAUCAACAUUGAAUAUAUUUUUAAAUUUUUAUUCCGAUAGAAAGUUUUGUCUCUUACAGUAACAAGAAUAAAGAAAAGUAGUUGUAUCUGUUAAUCAAGAAAAUCCAUGAAUAAUUUUUGAAAAAAAUGGUUGAGUCGUGAUAUAAGCCAAUUACUCGAUCUUUUCACUUCGUCAAGUUAAGAUAAAUAUCAAAAUAUAGUUUUGUAAUUUAAAUUAUUGAAAGUAUUUAAACUAUUUUUAUUUCAAAAUGAUAUAUUUAUUCUAAAAACAAAUAUUUAGAGGAAAGUAGAACCAAUUUUUCAGCAAUGAUUUUUUACUGAACGUAAAUACCCAAAGAAAAAAACUUAAAAAAAAUGAAUAAGAAAAGUAAAAACUACCAAGUUGACUUUGGAUUUGAAUAACUAUUCAUACAUUAGUUGAAUUAUAAUAUUAAGUUUAAUUAAAAAAAAACUCAUUGAAAAAUGUGUUCAAUAUAAUUAAUUGAAAAUUAUCAAUACAAUACUUUAUGAAAUCUUUUUUUCUUCCAUUACAACAAAAGGAGAAAAAAAAAUUAUGUUCUACGAAACAAGAAAAAAUAGACUAAACAAUUUUUUGUAUUUCUUCAGAUAAAAAAAAUGUUACUGUUUAAGGUCCAGUUCUAAGUUUAAACUUUUCAAUAAUAUUAACAAAUCAAUGUUCAAUGCAAAAUAUUUUUGUGAUUAAUAUGAAUUUUGAACUAUUAUUAUAUAUUAAUUUCAUAUAAAAUGGAGUGAUAAACGAAAGACCUCUAACUAAUGUUGAUAAGAGCAGUAUUAUUAUUCCGAAAGAUCCAUAACAACAGUAAAUGGAAAGUAAAAAAAUAUUCAUGAUAUUUACAGUUUACAUAACUGCCAUAAAAGAAUGACUCGAAGUAUGAAUAAAUAUAAAAAAUAUCGUUAAUUCGUAACAAGAUGUACUUAUUAUGAUGGUUAUAUUAAAAAUAAUUCUACUAUGUGGUAUAAGUGUACUUGAUAUAUUACUAAAAUUCUGUGAAAUAAAAAAUAUACUAAAAACCAUUAAUUCAUCUAUGUACUGAAAAUGACUGUUUACUCAUUUACUUAUGUAUGUAAUAAAUAUUUUCAAUAAAUGAAUUACUAUUUUA